ACAUAGAGGAGGUAUAAGUAUCUAGAGGGAGAACCGAGAAAUGUGCCGUAUGCGCAUACUCUCUCGUGCUCGCAGAUUGAUCCCGUCGUUGACGACGCCGUUUCUGUUUCUCCACGCACGCACGCACGCAUGCUCGCACGCACGCACGCACGCACGCGGUGUAUAUCGGUUUCGCGAAGAGUGCCUCCGAGUGCACUGAUAGAGCGCAUAUAGGUACUAACUAAUAUGUACUAACAUGUAUUGUGUGCUGCAGGCAUGUAGUACAUACCACAAUUCACCCGUGUCAUCGUGACGACGUCUUGUGUGACACCUGCCUGUCGGCAUUCUGCAAAGUCUUAUUAAUUCGCCUCUCUCAAUGCUCAAAUCGAUAAUCGGAUAAUACACGUACAGUGCGGUUCGCGCCAACGCAACGAUCGAGCGCGCUCAGUGCGCAUUCGAAAUAAGAGCGGAACUGACGACAACGCGGGUUAUUACCUUUUCGAAUCACUACUUUUACGCGCAGACAAAUAGAUAAAAAUUUUAACAGUCGAAUCCCAAUGAUUUUGCGUGAUCGACGCGAUUCAUGUGACGUGUGUCCUUGUCUUGUCUUUCGGCAAUCGAUUUUGCGUUCGCUUCAAUAAUUAGUUUAUCGCUUUUUUUAUCUUAAUUCAUUUCAUGCUUUCGAGAUAUCAUCGCGCUCUCGAUCUUAUUAUUUAGCUUGAAGGACUUAUACUUUUAAACGGCUUUAGAAAUUAGAAAAAUAUAAUCAAUGUUGAUUCGAUUUAUACAGCUGGAGAUGUUUAAUCAAAUUAACAUUAUAAUACAAUUUUGAAGAACUGAUUAAUCGCGAACCAAGUGAUAACUUGAGCUGAAAACAGCUCUCUUAAAAGUUAAAAUCAAUUAAACAUUCGCAAUAUCGAUUCGCGGUUGUUGUUGAUUAAACGCAGAACCAUCAUCUCAAUCUAAUUAACCGUAAUAGCUAAUCGGCAAGGCGGGACAAUUAUAACAACGGGACAGUAUUUCAUAAUCAAGUUGCACGCGAAGCAGGGAGUCCUUAAGGGGGUCUCUUAUUAGCUAACAGCUGUGAGAGAAGAUCAAGUGGAUUGCGUGGCGGACAGGAGCGGAUCUUCUGAUCGGAACGUGGAUCCUCAACCGUUUCAUUUUAUUUUUCAAUCGAGUGCAGGGAAGAGAGGGUGGCAACGGGGGAUGGAAAGAGAUCAUCUAUACAGAGCCUAAAUAGAUUGAGGAAAGAAAAUGGAACGAUGGAAGAGGAAAGCAGAAAUAAGUGGGGAGAAAGACGAGAUUGAAAAGUUGCGGAAAGCGGUGGAAGAGUCUAUCGAAUACAUCUGAUUAUUCCGUACACGGCACUGUGCCGCGCGAAACAUAUACGCAAAAUUCCGCAAAUUGCGAGGGGUGUUAUCGAAACAUAUUACCGAUCAUCGGUGAUCUUUGGUCCUUUUGGUGUAUCUUUCAAAAAUUCCGUUGUAACCGCAGCUGCAAAGGAUUCGACAUUUGAGAGUAGACUUGGCUGCAGGAUUUGUCUAAAAAAACAUGUACGGUCUAAUCUUGGAAAAUCUAGCCGAAUAUAUAAGGCAGGUUUACGGUGAAGACAGAUGGGAAGAGAUUCGCAGACAGGCGUCUGUGGACCAGCCGAGCUUUAGUGUUCACCAGGUCUAUUCGGAAAAUUUGAUACCAAGAUUAGCGAAAAAAGCAAUUCAGGUACUUGGUGUAACGGAAAAGGAAUUCUUCGAUCAAAUGGGUGUGCACUUUGUAGGAUUCGUCGGACAGUACGGUUACGAUCGCGUACUUUCGGUGCUUGGACGGCAUGUGAGGGAUUUUCUCAAUGGUCUAGAUAAUCUCCAUGAAUACCUCAAGUUUUCCUAUCCGAGAAUGCGAGCACCUUCGUUCAUCUGCGAAAAUGAGACUCGUCAAGGGUUGACUCUUCAUUAUCGAAGCAAACGCCGGGGCUUUGUCUACUAUACAAUGGGUCAAAUAAGGGAAGUCGCUCGACACUUUUAUCAUAAGGAGUUGCAGAUUGAGCUAGUACGCGAGGAAGUGCUUUUCGAUACUGUCCACGUGACCUUUCAACUUACCUUCGACAAUCGUGCCUUCACGCUGGCAUCGCUCGCGAUGACCCGUGAGGAGAAACAUCUGCCGAUCGGGGCGUGCGUGCUUUUUGAGAUAUUUCCCUUCUGCAUCGUUUUCGGAUCAGAUAUGAUUGUUAGAAGCAUCGGCAAUUCACUGAUGGUCAUAUUGCCAGAUCUGGUUGGCAAGAAGAUUACUUAUUUCUUCGAUUUGGUUCGACCUCUUAUUGCGUUUAAAUUUCAAUCGAUAUUAAACAGAACAAAUAACAUUUUUGAGCUGGUUACUGUUGAGCCAGUGCUUACGGAACGAUUGAAUGAUCGGCACAGAAACGAAAUUCUCUUGAGUGAUGAGCUUGAGACAGUAGAAGAUAAGACUUUACGAUUAAAGGGUCAAAUGAUAUAUAUGGAUAAUUGGAAAAUGAUGAUGUAUCUUGGGACACCUGUCAUGCCCGAUUUGAACGCUUUAAUAGCAACAGGCCUUUAUAUAAAUGAUCUCUCGAUGCACGAUUUUAGCCGAGACCUUAUGCUUGCUGGAACCCAACAGUCUGUGGAAUUAAAACUGGCAUUAGAUCAAGAACAGCUUAAGAGUAAAAAAUUAGAGGAAUCUAUGAGAAAACUGGAUGAAGAAAUGAAGCGUACGGAUGAGUUAUUAUAUCAAAUGAUUCCCAAACAAGUCGCAGAUCGUUUGAGGAAUGGUGAAAGUCCGAUUGAUACUUGCGAGAUGUUCGAUAGUGUAUCGAUCCUGUUCUCGGAUGUAGUGACUUUUACUGAGAUCUGCAGUAGAAUUUCACCGAUGGAAGUUGUGUCAAUGUUAAACGCCAUGUAUUCGUUGUUUGAUACUUUAACCGAGAGAAAUCGAGUUUACAAGGUCGAAACUAUCGGUGAUGCUUACAUGGUAGUCUCAGGUGCGCCAGUAAAAGAAAACGAUCAUGCAGAUCGUGUAUGCGAUAUGGCGCUUGACAUGGUAGAAGCAAUAACCGACCUCAAGGACCGUUCAACAGGCAACCAUCUUCAGAUACGCGUUGGCAUUCAUAGCGGCGCGGUUGUAGCCGGUAUCGUUGGCUUAAAGAUGCCACGAUAUUGCCUCUUCGGCGAUUCUGUCAAUACAGCAGCCCGUAUGGAAGCGACAAGUCAAGCCAUGCAAAUACAUAUAUCUCAAUCCACCCAAGAAUUGUUAUCACCUUCAUACAAGGUGAAAGAACGUGAAGAAAUCGAGGUCAAAGGAAAGGGCACAAUGAAGACCUAUUGGUUGGAAAAGCGAGAACGUCGUUCUGUCAUGACUAAGGGAAUCACUAUACAGGAGCCUCAUCAAUGGCACACAAAGAGUUUCGAGAAAAGAGUUUCCUCGGUGGGAGCUAUAGGUUUGAUAAGCACAGGUAUGUUCGACAAAUCGACUUCGGGAGACGCGCUAUCGAGACGUAGAGGCUCGUCGAAGAUGUCAUCCCCUACGCCACCGGGAUCCUCGGGAUUCCUUUCCGAAGAGAGAAGAAUAUAUUCCCCUAUCACUUUCCAAGAUGUCGCGCUACGAUCGAUCGCGAAUUCACCGACGAAGAAUGUGGAAGUACGAGAAUGUCGAUCGAAUUCUAUGGGUGCGGUAGGCAUAAGGAACGCGUCAGACAUGUUCAGUUCUCUCCUGAACGACACAGAGGAGCACUUCCGACAGCACCGGAAUAACUUGUCUCCGCGCGUUGGAGAAAAUCAAUCAACGAGCGUGCAACCGGAAGUGAAGAUUAAUGCCACUUCAUCCUUGUCUUCACAAAGUUCCGAAGAAGAAUCAAAUUUGUCGUUGGAUUUCACACUACAAAUGCAAAAGGAUAACGCAGAUGCGAGAGUUGGUGACGAUAAUGAGUGCGCAGCUAUCAGUAGCGAUCUCAACAACUCACAAUUGUUGAUGCAACAGGAUCAGUGUUGUCCAGGAUUUACUAUCUCAAAGAACAGCAAAAUGCGUCAUCAAGGGAAUAGCUGUAUUAUUGUCUAAUGCAGAAGUUGAAGAUUGUUACAGAUUUAGCAUUUUUUAGAUUUCAAUGCUAAAAUAUAUUUCCUUCUUCGAUUUCUUCUCUCAUUUUCGUAUAACAAAAAAUAAACAUAUUUAUAUCAUUAUUUUGUAUCAUUAUUUUCAUCGAAAAAAUUUGAUUUCUGCUUCUAAAAUAAUUUUACAAAUUUAAAUAUCUUUUAGAGACGAUUUCUAUUUCACGUGCCACAUUAAUUUUUUGAUAAUUUGAGAGAGAGAGAGAGAGAGAGAGAGAGAGAGAGAGAGAGA